CAAUCAGCUCUCGAGAAGCCUCUCCGUUGUCCAGCCCACACCUCGGGCGCGUUGCCAACUCACAGAAAGUGCCACGACUCCAGACUCAGCGGCUGUUCCGAGUCAGUGAAAAAACGUCGGACGUCGGAAACGGGAUCUUCGGUGGAACAGGACUGAGCAAAGAUGGAUGUGUACGACCCUCAGACCCUCGGCAUCAUGGUGUUUGGCGGCUUCAUGGUGGUUUCUGCUAUCGGAAUCGCCCUGGUCUCCACUCUUUCCAUGAAGGAGACUUCUUAUGAGGAAGCCCUGGCUAAGCAGCGCCGUGAACUGGCCAUGGCUCAGCCCCAACGUGUGGACAAGAAGAAGAAGGCAGCGGAGAAGAAAAGCAAAGCCAAAAAGAAGGAGGAGAAGCCGAACGGGAAGCUUCCCGAACAGGAGGCACAGAACGACUCGGGCCAUGAACCGGCUUCAGAAACUAGCGAACCAGAACCUGAAUCUGAGCCUGAGGUCGCUGCUGCACCUGCGACUGUACCUGUACCUGUUGCUCCAGUGAUCCCAGAGCCCAAAGCUGAGGUUGAGGUGGCAGUGACGAAGCCUGCUGUAGCAGCAGCCCCACCUGCACUUUCCCCAAAGGAUAAGAAGAAGAGGAAGGUUGCGAAGGUGGAGCCAGCCCCUGCUAAACCUGUCGAAGUUGCCUCAGAGACCGUCACCAAAGCGCCGGCCCCUAAGAAUGCCAAGGACUCCGCCUCUAAGGACUCAGCUGCCAAGAGUACAAAGGAACCUGUUGCUAAGGGUGCCAAAGAACAUGGUGCUAAGGAAGCAACUCCUAAGGGGACCAAGGAACCUGUUGCUAAAGAAGCGGCUCCUAAAGGGACCAAGGAACCUGUUGCUAAAGAAGCGGCUCCUAAGGGGACCAAGGAACCUGUUGCUAAAGAAGCGGCUCCUAAGGGGACCAAGGAACCUGUUGCUAAAGAAGCGGCUCCUAAGGGGACCAAGGAACCUGUUGCUAAGCAAGUGGCUCCUAAGGUCACCAAGGAACCUGUUGCUAAAGAAGCGGCUCCUAAGGUCACCAAGGAACCUGUUGCUAAGGAAGCAGCUCCUAAGGGGACCAAGGAACCUGUUGCUAAAGAAGCGGCUCCUAAGGGGACCAAGGAACCUGUUGCUAAAGAAGCGGCUCCUAAGGGGACCAAGGAACCUGUUGCUAAAGAAGCGGCUCCUAAGGGGACCAAGGAACCUGUUGCUAAGCAAGCGGCUCCUAAGGGGACCAAGGAACCUGUUGCUAAGCAAGCGGCUCCUAAGGUCACCAAGGAACCUGUUGCUAAAGAAGCGGCUCCUAAGGUCACCAAGGAACCUGUUGCUAAGGAAGCAGCUCCUAAGGGAACCAAAGAACCUGUUGCUAAAGAAGCCGCUCCCAAGGGGACCAAAGAACCAGCUGCAAAGGUGGCAAAGGAAGCCAUCACUAAAGAACAAGCCACAAAGGUUGCUAAGGAACCAAGUUCCAAGGGUACUCAAGAACCUGUCACCAAACAGCAAGUUGGAAAAGUUUCUAAAGAACCUGCUGCUAAGGAAUCGGCCACUAAAGCCGCCAAGGAGCCUGUUCCUAAAGAAUCAGCUGCUAAGGCAGUCAAGGAACCUGUCGGUAAGGAAUCGGCUCCAAAGACUUCCAAAGAAUCAGGAGCCAAGUCUGCAAAAGAAUCAAAUGUUAAAAUGGCUAAGGAACCAGCUCCCAAGGGCGCCAAGCAGCCAGCUGUUGCUGUUGUGGCCGAGGUUGCCCCGGUGACGAUUAUUCCAGCAAAAGCUGAGCCACCCAAACCUGAAGCCUCUUCCAAGAAGAAGUCAAAAAAGAAGGCGGAGGCAGCUGCUGCUGUGGAUGUUGCAGAUGUGCCCCUGCUGUUGCCGUUUAAUACUCUGGUCUCCACCCUGAGCAGCUCCAGUUUCAGCGACUCGGAGACGCAGAAGCUUUUGGAGAUCGUCAGCGACAAGGCGGGAGCCGACACAUGGCAGCUGGCAUCUCAGAAAGGUGACCCCUUGGCAGCUCUGAAGAAGCAGCUGGAGGAGAAAGACAAGCUCCUGUCUGCUGAGCAGGAGAACGCCGCUGCGUCCAAGACGCGCAUACGCGAGCUCACUAAGGAGUUAAACAGCGAGAAGAGCAAGAUGGCUUCGGUGGAAACUCGGCUGAGCUCGGAGCUGAGCGCUCGCGAGCAGGAGAUCGGCGCGCUGCACGCCCGCAUGAAGGCUUCCUACGACGAACACACGCAGCAGACCCAGAAGCUCAACAGCAAGAUCCAGAGCCUGCAGGAUCAGCUGGAGAACGGUCCCGCCGCCCAGCUGGCCCGCCUGCAGCAAGAAAACACCAUCCUGAGAGAUGCUCUGAACCAAGCCUCCAGCCUCACAGAGAGCAUGCAAAACGCUGAGCUGGUAAAGCUGCGCCAGGAUGUUGUGCGUCUGGGCCGAGAGCUGAGCGAGCGCACAGACGCCCAACACGCCGAGGAUGAGCGUCGGAAAGCGCUGGAAUCCAAAAUGGCCGCCACCGAGGAGCAGCUGGCGCAGGUCAAGGCGGGGCGCGCGGAGGCCGAGCAGGCUCUGCAGCAGACGUUGGAGAAGGUCAAGACGGAGUUGCGUCAAGCGCAGAACGACGGCGCUACCCUGCAGGCUCAGCUGCAGCAAGCGCAACAGGAAGGCAGCCUGCUCAGCGAGCUGCAGGAGCGUGUGCGUGGUACAGAGGCGGAGCUCAAGGACAGGUGUGCAGAGCUGGAGGCUGUGAAAGCUCAGCUCGUUCAGGUAGAGCAGGACGCACAGGAACAAGUCCUUGUGGAAGUACAGGCCCCACUGCAGUCUGCUGCACCGCAGGCGGAGAAUUCUGAGGAACUGCAGCAGCUGAAGAACAGUAUAAAGGAGAAGGAGGAUUUGGUCACGUCUCUAAAAGAACAACUUGAGAAGAUGAAAACAAGUGCAGAGGAGAAGGAGAGCUCGGUGCAUCAGCUACAGGACAGUCUCGCACAGCGAGAGAGCAAUGUCUCGGCGCUGGAGGAGGAGCUGAAGCAGAUGAGGGAACAGACGGAGCAGCAGAAAUCUACGACCGAGAGCUUGGUGCUGCAGCUGCAGGACAGCCUCGCGGCACGAGAGAACAACGUCUCGGCUCUGGAGGAGGAGCUGAAGCAGUUGAGAGAGGAGAUGAAGCAGCAGGAGGAGGCGGCCGAGAUCGCAGAGGCCGAGCAGCCGUUUGAGAACUUGGAGAAAGACGCUCGCCUGAUUACUCUGGAGGAGGAGCUCCAGCAGCUGAGGGGGCAGGUGGAGCAGACGAAGGCCGAGAGCAAGGAGCUUCAGGAGAAGAACGAACGGCAGCUCGACGUUCUCCGGUCGGAGACCAAGAACGCUCUCCAAACACUCUUUCCUCACAUCGCCGUUGAAACCGAACAGAGUAACUGGUUGGAGGCGUUCACACUCGAAGCACAGGAGACGCUCAGACACAGCCUACAGGAAGAGUCUGAAGAAAAAGACGCAGCACUGACAGACGCUCUACAGAAGUUAAAGGAAGCAGAGGAGAGUCAGAGUGCACUACAUGUCCAAUGUGAGCAGUACAGAGCCACCCUCAGUGAAACGGAGGGCAUACUGCAGGAUUUGCAGAACAGUGUGCAGGACGGAGAGGCCACAUGGAAGUCCAGGAUCUCUGCGGUCGAGGAAGAGCGGCAGGCGGCCCUGGUUCAGUUGAAGGAGCUGGAGGAGACCGUGGAGGCACUGAGGUCCGAGAACCAAAGCACAGAACAGCUAAAAGGGCAGGUGAUGCUGCUCGAAGCACAGCUGGAGAAACAGCUGGAGUCAGUCAGCUUCAGCCAGAGCUGUGCUGAGGAGGUGGAGAAGCUAAAGACAUUGUUAACAGCCACUCGGAGUCAGCUAGAGGCGGCCCAAUCAGACGCUCAGAAACAGCGCACCGAGCUCUCAGCGGUCAGACAGCAACUGCAGGCAGUGACCGAGCACACGCAGAGCAACGAGGACACGCAGCCCAGCCAGGCUCGGGCACAGCUGGAGCAGGCAGAAGUCCGACUGCAGACAGAGGCCAGCGUGCGCAAGCAGGCGGAGCACAACUACGGCCAGGCGCAGAAGUGUGUGAUCGACCUGGAGGCUCAGGUGGAGGAGCUGAAGACUACAGGAGAAGGAGCCACCACUGAGCUCAAGGAGAGGUUGGAGAAGGAGGUGAAGCUGACGCAGGAGCUCGCAGAGACCUCGGCGACACUCGAGCAGAAACUGAGCGCCGCUCAGGAGGACCUGACCAAAGAGAAAGAGGUGGUGAAAAGCCUGCAGGAGCAGCUACAGGAAAAAGUGCAGCAGCAGGUGCUGUUCUCUUCCCAGUGACCUCUGAGUCUGUUUAGGCUGCCAGUUCAUUUUGGAAGGAGAAGAGCUGAAGGAAGGAACCUCUGUGUGACGUCUCGGCAGGAAGGAGGAGAAGCCGAACCACCCCAAAAAACAAAACCCACAAAAAGCCUUAAUUUUUUUUUCUUUGUUCUUGUCUCUGUAAUCGUUUGUAUACUGUAUUAAGAGGAGCACAAAGGGAGGAUGGGAGUGACACCGGGGUCCAAACACAAGUUUAAUGACUGAUUUAUAUUUUUAGUGGAAUUCUUCUUUACAUGUGGUCUAUUAUUAUUAUUAUUAUUAUUAUUAUUAUUAUUAUUAUUAUUUUUAUUAGAGUUUUUUUUUUCCGACAACGUCCAAGACUCUUCACAUUCCUCCGACUGUCAGUGUUACGAAGAAAGGGCAAAGUGCAUGUGCGUCAGACGCACGCUCCUGUGCAAUCACUUACAAAAGACUGUCCUUCACGUGGAAGUGAAGAGAAGGAACAUUUCACCUUACAGCGAUGCAAUACAGCCCCUUACACUACUUGUAGUCGGCUGCUGACCAAAUGUGAUUUAAAAUUAAAUAAACAUUUAAGAGAUUA